AUGGUUUGUAUGGUCAAAAAACCGGAUACCAAUUUUUCCUGUCCAUUGGCUGAGCCCGAAGUUGAAGCUAUACCAUGCAACCACCCGAAACAGUUUGCCUGGAGUUCAAUUCAACAAGGUAAGUGUACCCUAGCAUGUGAAUUAUGUUCAGCUCUGAAUUUAGGACUCAUUUACUCUGGCCAAAACUUUGGCUCCCUCUUCAUGUUUAUCUCUGGCUGGCAGGCGGAUCGUCUGAAUGGCAAAUGGACAAUCGUGGCGGCGAUGAUCUUCAUUAUCAUUUCCAACGCUCUCCUGCCCGUCUCCGCCGGCGUCUCUUUUGCCCUCGUCUUCUUUCUAAGGUUUGUACAACUUGAACACGAACGCCGUGUCGUCUGGAUACCACUACUACACUCAAUCUUUUCUUCUUAUCUCUUCUUCCCUGACAUGAUUAGGCGAAAGCGAUAACUUUUGUUUCACAAGCUGCGUUUCUCUGAUGAGAUGAGAUUUAUUGGAACAUAUGAUUGCCGUGUGACUGAUUUCAAAGGUCACACUUGAUUGGGUAACAACAUUUCAGAAGAUGCCUACAAAGUCCUAAAAAUAUCAUUUUUUCCAGAUUCCUAACUGGCGUUGGAGAUGCUCUCCUGUCGCCAGCGUCCUCUUCAAUGAUUACCAGAUGGUUCCCACCAAAAGAGCGACCAAGUGCACUGGGAAUAGUGACUGGAGGACGGCAAAUCGGUACGACUACCUUAUUUUAUUUACCCAUCCGGUUGGAAUUGACAAAACUCACGGUCGCUCGCCAUGACCCCCGUUUGUUAAUCUGAUUACAAAAAUCGAACAUCGAAAUCAUUGAGUUGGAAAAUCGAGUCGAAAAAAAGAGCAGAACACAAAUACAAACAACAACAAUCACUGUUCUCAAUUACUUACUAAAUGAUCUGUGUUUUCAGGAACACUAAUUAUUUUGCCAAUUGGUGGAUGGUUGUGUGGGACUGAAGGCGGAAAGUUCCUCGGUGGAUGGCCAGCAAUCUUUUAUCUCUCUUCCGUGGUGGCCGCUGGUGUUCUGAUCAUUUGGGUGGUGUUCUCUGCCGACAAACCAUCGAAACAUUUGUGCAUUUCACAUGUGAGCACUUUCGAAACACUUGGAUGGGCUGAACUAAUGAGUUUCAGAACGAGGAGGCAUACAUCAGCCGGAAAAUAGAGGAGGAGAACAUUGGAAAGCGAAACAGCAGAAAGAACACUCCGUGGAGAGCGAUUCUCACUUCAAAGCCGGUUUGGGUGGCCGUUGCGGCUCUCGUCUGCCACGAGUUCCCGCUAGUCAUCAUGCUCCAAUUCCUGCCCAAGUUCUUUUCCGACGUGCUUGGCCUCUCCAACACUGUCAACGGAUUGGUCUCAGCUCUUCCGAUGGGAGUACUCUUCCUCUCCAAAUGCCUUUCCUCAAGUCUCGCUUCUUAUCUGACAGCCAAUGGAUACUUGAGUAAGUUUUUAAGGCUACCCGACCAGAAAACCGUAUAUUUUACUGGUUCCUGUUGCAGGGAAAACACAAUCUUGUAAAAUCUUCAACUUCAUCGCCUCUCUUGGACUUGGUGUUUGCGUGGGAGCCACCCCAUUUAUGGGAAAUCUUUCACAGGCCGUCUGGGCAGUCAUCUUGUUGUGUCUAGCCAAUGCCUUUGCAGGUAUGCAUAAAAAAUUUUGAAAUAACCCGAUUUCUGUCUUCAGGACUUCACACGCCGGGUGUUCAAACUGCCCUCGUUCAACUCGCCCCAGCUUUCUCGGGAGUUAUCACUGGAAUAGCCUUCACGGUCGCCGCUUGCUUCUCCAUUUUUAACAAAUUGCUUAUCAGUCAGAUUCUAGUGUACGUUCCGCUUCCAACUUUAGACAUAAUAUCAUUUUUUAUUUCAGGACCGGUUCUAAACAAGAAUGGACCAUUGUCUUCGAGAUAUCAGCAUUUGUUGCAAUCCUUCCGACCAUCUUUUUCACUGUCUGGGGAUCCGCCGAAAGAACGGUAAAUUUCAUUGGGUGCUCGACUGAAUCAUCUUUCUGUUUUAGGAGUGGGCAUCGAACCGAGUGUCCGCCCCAAAGGACGCUGACCAGAAAUCGAACGAUUCGGGAUCUUCGACAUCAUCGGCCGUUCAGGCGUUUGCCAAGUACAGCAUGUUCUUGUCUCAUGAUCUCACUCAUUCCGCUUAG